AACAAAAUGUUUUAAGUUAUUUCCUCAGCCACACAGAAAGACAAGGUGGUGAGAAGCCCCCUCACUCUAGACUACUCAAUUCAGCCACAAACAACUUUCUAAAAUUACAUGGCCUCAGCAACAGCUCCACCAGCUCCAUUCACCUUCCUUUCCAGGAACCAAAACACUGAGCGUAGAACAUACAGACGAUGGUUGACAGUAAAACAAAGAAGUCGCAGUGUUGGCUUCCAGGUUUAUGCAGCCCAAGAAGUCCCUAGUGGGCGACAACGUGCUCCUCCUGGUGUUGACACAAGAAUUCACUGGGAAAACGAAGAUGAAGGAUGGAUAGGAGAAAGUAAAUCACAGUCAGCACAAGAACGAAUCAAAACAGACGAAAAAAAUCUCCUUGAUGAAAAAUUCUCUGACCUGCUCAACAGUUCAGCUAAUUCUCAUUACCAGUUCUUGGGAGUAUCUGCAACAGCUGAUCUGGAGGAAAUUAAAGCUGCUUAUAGGAGGCUAUCAAAGGAGUAUCAUCCAGACACAACUAACCUUCCCAUAAGAGCAGCAUCAGAGAAAUUCAUGAAACUAAGAGAAAUUUAUGAUGUCCUGAGUGAUGAGGAACAACGUCGAUUCUAUGAUUGGACACUAGCUCAGGAGGCAGCAAGUCGGGAAGCAGAGAAAAUGAGAAUGAGGCUGCAAGAUCCACGCAUGCUAGAAGUAGAAAAGUGGGAAUCUGUCCCAGACAUGGUGGAUCGACUUGGUGGAAGGAACAUGGAACUCAGUGAUCAGGCAAAAACUGCCCUCACAUUCGAUAUCUUGAUUAUUAUCUUUUCGUUUUGUUGCAUUAUAUAUGCAGUAUUCUUCAAAGAACAGUAUUAACAGGAACAACUAUCCAGACAAUUGCUUAAUGCAUUAUACAACAACAUUCUUUACAGUCAA